AUGGCCACCGGUGACGGAAUCAUCGCUGCACCACCCUCGCUUGAAUCUUCAAGCCUGGACCCUCUCCAUGUGUUGCCUGCAUCCUCAUCGACCGCCGCACGAUCCCUCGCAACCUCAAUCCCCGCCUUAACCGCCAGUUUCUCCGUGGUGUCCGGCUUCUCUUCGCAUCUCCCUCCCCCGCCAGUAACCCCCCCAGCACCUUCAACCAUGGUGGGGUGGAUCGGCUGGAUCUUUUCCUUCAUCUUCCAGGUCAUUCCAAGUGUUCUAUACUGGAUUGUUACCUUCACGACCAUCACCUUGCCCACAUGGCUGUUUACGCUCUUUUCUAUGAGCCUUACCUUCACCAUGAACUUCACGACCUUACUCUUGAUCGCGCUGGCCGUGGUCUCGACCAUCAGUUGGUUUAUCCGCUAUCGUUUCCUGAACAUGUACAGUCGUCUGCCUCCAGAACCGCAGCGCAAGGAACCCCAGCUCGAUCUCUUCCCCGAUGUACCGGACAGCGACACGAAACCGGGCUUGGCAAACUAUCUGGAUGAGUUUCUGAGCGCUAUCAAAGUCUUCGGCUACCUCGAGCGGCCUGUAUUCCACGAAUUGACCCGCACCAUGCAGACAAGGAAGUUGAUCGCCGGCGAAACGCUCCUGCUGGAGGAAGAGAAAGGGUUUUGUUUGGUCGUUGAUGGCUUGGUCCAAAUCUUCGUGAAGUCCAUGCGGGACAGAAAGUCGGGCUCAGAUGAAGAGCUGAACCGCAUGGCAGGUGAAUCUUCCGACGAAGACGACCAUCGACCGGACGGAAGGCAAGGAUACCAGCUGCUUACCGAAGUAAAGAAUGGAGCUUCGAUGUCCUCGCUCUUUUCCAUCCUGUCGCUGUUUACCGAGGAUGUCCAAUUACGAUAUGCAGACAGCUCAGCUUCCAGCGCUUCUAGUAUAGGUCCGGGUCUUGCCAUUGGCCCCGACUCAUUUCCGGCGAGCCCUCGGGAAAUGGACGACUCUCCGCAUGUUUAUCAAGGGGAUCUGCAUCCAGAUAUCGUUGCACGAGCGAUGGUAGACACAACAAUCGCAAUCAUCCCUGCAAGCGCAUUCCGUCGCUUGACCCGAGUGUACCCAAAAGCGACUGCCCAUAUCGUCCAGGUAAUCCUUACGCGCCUACAGAGAGUCACCUUCGCUACAGCGCACUCCUAUCUGGGUCUAAACAAUGAGGUGCUGGGAAUAGAGAAGCAGAUGACGAAAUUCACAACGUACGAUUUGCCAAAUGAGCUGCGUGGGUCAGCGCUGGACCGUCUCAAAGACAAAUUUAUCAAAGAACGAGAUCGCCUAGGCCAAGAGGAAGUAACGAAAGGGAUUGCGUUGCAUAACCCAUAUGGAGGACGGAGGCCCCGGUCGAGUAGCUUUCGAAGGAAGGAAGCCGCUCUUCAGGCAAAGAUGGUCGCCUCUAAACGGCCAGUCUCCAUGGUUGCCCAGGAUAGCGCACUAAGUGAUCGCGAGAAUUCCGGUGUGAGUCCCGGGGAUCUUCUAUCUACCAUUCAGCUUUCGCGCUUCGGUCCGAGAUACGAGCACCUUGCCCCCCGGUUACUGAGUCCUCUUACGGAGAAAGAACACUCCCCCUUACGGUCCCCGUCUCCAAUGAUUCCAGGACGCGCAUCUCCUUUCCACCGGAAAGAGUCUUUGGAUGAGGAUGCACUCUUCCGUGAAUCAAUCCUGGAGUGUAUCAUGAAAGGCAUCGGCUUGACUGGAAGCACCAAUGACUUCUUGCGUAAAAGUAGUCACCCUUCAGGCGAUGUUUCCCCGAAGCUCCUCUCCUAUGAUUCUCGCCGCCAGAAAGCCGUCUUUAGCAACAACGCGUUUGGGUUCAUUGAUCCCUACGAAGGUUCUGCGGAUGGUGAGAGCGAAUCCAUGAUGUCCAUGUCUGUCACCAGUGCCGGUGGCACCUCGCCUAUUGUCAACUUGAGGGAAGAACUCCGAAAUGACAUUGAAAUUGUCUAUUUCCCUCAGGGAUCGGUUCUUGUUGAGCAAGGCGAGCGCCAUCCGGGUUUGUACUACGUUGUUGAUGGCUUCCUGGAUGUUGGUAUUCCUGUGGACGACAAAGAAGAAGACCUUGUGGGAUCAUCCAGACCGGCACAUGAGGAACUGUUCCCUAUGUUAAGACGCACCAACACGAGUUCCUCUCGUGUGUCAGGCUCGGCAGCGGCAGCAAAUGAUCCUAGGCGGAAGAAGCAGUCGCGGAGGUCACUCUAUCUUAUUAAGCCCGGUGGGAUCCAAGGCUAUGUGGGCGCCGUCGCAUCUUACCGCUCGUAUACCGAUGUCGUUGCGAAGACAGACGUAUACGUAGGAUUUCUUCCGCGGGCGUCAUUGGAAAGAAUAGCGGAGCGGUACCCUCUGGCCCUGCUGACUUUGGCAAAGCGGCUGACAAGCCUGCUCCCACGGUUACUUCUUCAUAUCGACUUCGCCCUGGAAUGGGUGCAAGUAAGUGCUGGCCAGGUGAUUUAUCACCAGGGUGACGAGAGCGAUGCAAUCUACCUUGCCUUGAAUGGACGUUUGCGGUCUGUACAUGAAGGUCCAAAUGGCAAGAUGACCGUUGUCGGUGAAUACGGCCAGGGAGAAAGCGUGGGUGAGUUGGAAGUGAUGACCGAAUCGACCCGGCCGGCGACUCUCCAUGCCAUCCGCGACACUGAACUCGCCAAAUUUCCCCGGACUCUCUUCAACAGCCUCGCCCAGGAACAUCCGGGAAUCACUAUUCAGGUCUCCAAACUCAUUGCACAACGGAUGCGGGACCUUGUCGAGACUCCGCUGGCCGAGAAGGGAGGUGAACCUGGUGUUUCUGGUACGGUGAAGACAGCAAAGUCGACUCUCAACCUUCGUACUGUUGGCAUACUUCCUGUAACAGCUGGAGUUCCCGUUGUUGAAUUUGGAAACAGGCUGUUACAGGCGCUUCACCAGAUUGGGGUCACCAACGGCGCCACGUCUCUCAAUCAAGCGGCUAUUCUGAACCAUCUAGGAAGACAUGCCUUCAGUAAGAUGGGCAAACUCAAGUUAUCACAGUACCUGGCGGAUCUGGAGGAGAAGUACGGCAUGGUCCUCUACAUUGCGGAUACGAGCGUGAACUCUCCGUGGACGCAAACAUGUAUUACUCAAGCUGACUGUAUCUUGCUGGUUGGUCUUGCCGAGUCGACGCCCAGCAUCGGUGAAUACGAGAGAUUUCUCCUUGGGAUGAAAACAACCGCUCGGAAAGAAUUAGUCCUGUUGCAUGGGGAACGGUACUGCCCUCCGGGACUGACCCGCCAGUGGUUGAAGAAUCGUGUCUGGAUCAAUGGAGGCCAUCAUCAUGUACAGAUGGCCUUCCGACUGACGGCCGAACCCUCUCAUCCCCAGACCAAACGCUUUGGAACCGUCUUGAAGCAGAGAGUUCAGGUUAUUCAAGCUGAAAUCCAGAAGUACACCUCGCGCCGUAUCCGCCAGUCACCGCUAUACUCUGCACAGACACCAUUCAAGGGCGACUUUCAUCGCUUGGCGCGUCGGCUCUGUGGCCGGUCGGUGGGGCUUGUGCUUGGUGGUGGAGGUGCCAGAGGUAUUGCCCAGGUCGGGGUAAUCAAAGCUCUAGAAGAAGCAGGCAUCCCAAUUGAUGUCAUUGGCGGCACUUCGAUUGGUUCUUUCAUUGGAGCUCUGUAUGCACGGGAUGCUGACGUUGUGCCCAUGUAUGGUCGUGCAAAGAAGUUUGCGGGCCGCAUGGGAAGCAUCUGGCGAUUCGCCCUGGACCUGACCUACCCUACUGUUUCCUAUACCACUGGGCAUGAAUUCAACCGUGGCAUCUUCAAGACGUUUGGGGAUAGUCAGAUUGAAGACUUCUGGCUCGAGUUCUACUGCAACACCACCAACAUUAGCCGAUCGCGUGCCGAAUAUCACUCUUCUGGCUACACGUGGCGGUACGUACGUGCAUCCAUGUCAUUAGCUGGCUUGAUCCCGCCGAUCUGCGACGAAGGUAGCAUGCUGCUUGAUGGCGGCUACAUUGACAAUCUUACGGUCGACCAUAUGAAAGGGCUGGGUGCGGAUGUGAUUUUUGCGGUGGACGUGGGAUCGAUUGAUGACAACACCCCGCAAGUGUAUGGCGACUCCCUGUCCGGGUUUUGGGCAGUGGUGAACCGCUGGAAUCCGUUCAGCUCGUGUCCUAACCCACCAACGCUGUCUGAGAUUCAAGCACGCCUGGCGUAUGUGUCGUCGAUCGAGAACCUCGAACGUGCCAAAAACACCCCUGGGUGCCUGUACAUGCGCCCGCCCAUUGAUCCAUACGGGACGCUGGACUUUGCGAAGUUUGACGAGAUCUACCAACUGGGCUAUGCGUAUGGUAAGAAUUACUUGGAAAAGCUGAAGCGGGAGGGAUCACUUCCGCUUCCCGAAGAGACCGAGGAGAAGAAGAAGCUCCAGCGGACGCUGGCGCCCCGUCGCGCGAGUAUCUAA